GCGUGAAUUGCCGUUCACCAAGUCUGCUCACCUGACCAAUCCUUGGAACGAACAUAAGCCGGUAAAGAUUGGACGCGAUGGACAGGAAAUAGAGCCGGAAUGCGGAACCCAACUUUGUCUUCUCUUCCCUCCUGAUGAAAGUAUUGACUUGUAUCAAGUCAUUCAUAAAAUGAGGCACAAGAGAAGAAUGCACUCACAACCCCGAUCAAGAGGACGCCCAUCCCGUCGAGACCCUGUUCGGGACGUGGGAAGGCGUCGACCAGAAGAUUAUGAUAUUCAUAACAGCAGAAAGAAAACAAGGAUUGACUAUCCCCCUGAGUUUCACCAAAGACCAGGGUAUAUAAAGGAUCCCAGAUAUCCUGAAGUAGACAGACGAUUUUCAGGAGUUCGACGAGAUGUAUUUUUAAAUGGGUCCUACAAUGAUUACGUGAGGGAAUUCCACAACAUGGGACCACCACCGCCAUGGCAAGGAAUGCCACCAUAUCCUGGUAUGGAGCAGCCACCACACCACCCGUACUAUCAGCACCAUGCACCUCCACCUCAAGCUCACCCUCCCUACUCAGGACAUCAUCCCGUUCCGCAUGAAGCAAGAUACAGAGACAAACGAGUACAUGACUACGACAUGAGAGUAGACGACUUUCUUCGCCGCACACAAGCAGUUGUCAGCGGUCGGAGAAGCAGGCCUCGGGAGAGGGAGCGAGAACGGGAACGAGACCGUCCUAGAGAUAAUAGAAGAGACAGAGAACGUGACCGAGGUCGUGAUCGGGAAAGGGAGAGAGAGAGGAUUUGUGACCGGGACAGAGACAGAGGUGAAAGAGGUAGAUACCGAAGAUAAUCCAUCUGGAACCAGUGAUCACUUGAAACAGAAAAAGCUUGUAUUUUUUUGUGUGUUUACAAGUAGUACAUUUUAUUUUCAGCUGUCUACUUAAAAAGUUCCUUGUGUAGAAGGAUUUAUAAUUACCCCCUAUUCCAAGCAUGCAAUGAACUAUGAACUGGAAAAACUCAAAUCGGCCAAAAAUAAACUACGCAAAGCUGACACUCAACUUCACGUUUCUAUUGGAGCAGAAUAGGAAACGGCUAAGUAUGUAGAUACUGAUUUAUUCUCAAUAAGUGUUCAUCUACUUAGUGACUUCA